GCUCUAGGGCUGAAGGUGACUCUGUUGUUGGGAAUUGCCCCGCCUAAGCUGCAAUGCGGCAUUUGCCAUAUUAAGUCCUCGGCUGCUCGGCAGGAAGUUGCUGACUCAAUCCGAAAGACACCGUGUGAUUCCUGAUUCAGAAGCAAAACGUUUUUGAGUUAUUAGUUUGCUGAUGACUUUUCCUGUCCACUACCUCCCCCCGCCCCCCAACAAUUGAAAAAAAAAGGGUAGUUUUGUUUGACCAGAAGACUAACUAUCACAUUUCAGGCUUUUUUGGAAGACUUUGACAGAAUUGCCUAUUGGUUACACUAUUUCCUUUGUGACAUAAAUUGCUCCAACUAUGAAAAUGUACCAGUUUCUUAAUCUGAAGUUUUAACUUCAUAAUGGAGUGUUAAGCUUAAAUGGGCACAUUACCUUUUUUGGAAGGAGCUUUGUUUCUGUUCGCUACCAUAAUUUAAUCCUUUUUAGGAAGACCACUGUUGAAAUUGAGCAUAAUUUUGAAAUUCCUGCCCCCUAUAAUCCUUUUUUUUAAAAUGCAACAUUCAGCUGCAUGUUGAACAAUAACCUCCUAAAUGUUUGUGGAAACAUAUUAAUAGCAAGUAAGAAUGAAAAUUAAGACAUUGAUCUGUAUCAACAAAGAAAUUUAUUUGCUCUUGGAUUUAAAUUCAAUUACAUGAGCAAAGACUUAAGUUAACUGUUAUAACUUAAUACGCUGUUCCGUAUGACAGGAUUUUUGUGCAAUUUGAAGAGACAAAAAUGAGCUAGGAAUGGAGAAAAGAAAACUUAAAAUUGUUUUGAGUUUCUUAAUCCUUCAGCCAACAUCACUAAAGCAGAUCAUCUGGUCACUAUAUUAACACUGUGGGACCUUGCUGUUUGAAAAUUGGCUGCUAUGUUUCCAACAUUACAAGUGACAACGCUUCGGAAGUACUUAGAAGAUUCUAAAAUGCUUCGUAAUUAAUGAAAUGCUUUCUUUUUCUUUCUUUCACAGAAUUUUCUUUAUUAAGGUUCUCUAAGAGAAUCAACAACCCUGAUUUUUAACUUGCCUCACCUGGAGGAAACCAAACACUGGACAUAUAGAAGUUACUGUUUAACAUGCAGAUGGAUGUGGGGGUGGGGGGUUCCUCUUUAAAUAUGUAGGUCAGGUUCUGAUGAUGUCACAGAGUCCCUAUCUGGAACCUGUCAGGUUACGACACUAACAUCUGGCAUGCAAGUUUAUCGUUUGCCCACUCCCACAUGUACUGGUCCCAACCCGACUUAAAAUUAAGCAUUUCUGUUUUUAAAAACAAGUAACAAAGCUCCUUUCAAAAAAGGUAAGCCCUUAUUAUAUACAAUAUUCUUCAUGAAUAUAUUGCAAAAUCAGAGUUUUGGCCACUUCAGAAUUGGCAGAGAUCAAGAACUGCAGUAUGAUCUGUCUUCAGAACUUUACCGAAUUUCGACAUUUGCUCACUUCCCUUCAAAUGUUUUGGUGUCUGAAAGGAAUCUUGCACGUGCUGGAUUCUAUUACACUGGUGUAAAUGAUAGAGUGAAGUGUUUCAGCUGUGGAGGCACAGUUGAUAACUGGCAACCAGGUGAUAAUGCUGUUGAAAGACACAAGAGAUGCAACCCGAGCUGUAGUUUCAUUCAUAGCCUGCCUUCAAGUGUUGAUCAUUCUUCAAAUCACUCUGCGUUUUCUCCACCAAAUGCAGCUUGCUUUUUUCAGUCAUCUUUUCACGAAAAUGAAGCACAGAUUGGCCUGGACCGCAGCAUUCCUGGUGAUCCAGUGGUCUCCAGAAGUAUGGAAAAUAUUUCUCAUCAAUUGAGAUACCCGCAGUACAGUGCAGCUAUGUGUAGUGAAGAAAUGAGACUGCAAACUUUUCAGAAUUGGCCCACCUAUUCUUCUUUAAUCCCUGCCGAACUAGCCAAAGCUGGAUUUUACUAUACUGGGGAAGAAGAUAGGGUUGCGUGUUUUGUCUGUGGUGGAAAGUUAAGUAACUGGGAACCUGGAGAUCGUGCAACGUCUGAACAUAGAAGGCACUUUCCUUCGUGCCCAUUUGUUCUGGGGAAUCAGAUGGGUAACAUUCCAAUGAGUGAUACAGAAUCUCAAAGAACAGAUGAGGGAAGUGCAGUGGUCCGAGCUAUGCAUCCACGACACCCUGAGAUGCAAUCUUAUGAUACUCGGCUACAAACGUUUUUGAGAUGGCCAGUCAGGAAUUUUAUUCAACCUGAACAGCUAUCUAGAGCUGGAUUCUACUAUGUUGGACAAAAUGAUGAUGUGAAGUGUUUUUAUUGUGAUGGUGGCCUGAGGAGCUGGGAGGCUGGAGAUGAUCCAUGGGUGGAACAUGCAAAAUGGUUUCCGAGGUGUGAAUAUCUUCUUCAAGAAAAGGGACAGACAUUUGUAAAUCAGAUCCAGACAAGGUUUCCAAAUCUAUUUGAUCUCCAGCUGCAUUCCAAUUCAGAAGACAUCUUGGAGGAAAUUCAGAUGCCAGUUGUUCAGUUUGGACCUGGGGAAAAUCGAUCUGAAGAUGCAAUCAUGAUGAAUACACCAGUGGUUAAAGGUGCUAUGGAAAUGGGUUUUGAUCGAAGACUCGUGAAGCAGACUGUCCAAAGAAAAAUCCUUACAAGUGGAGAGAAUUACAAAUCUGUUAUAGAGCUUGUGACUGACUUGCUGAAUGCUGAAGAUGAAGAAAGGCAAGAAAACAGAGAAAGAAAACUGGAAGAAGUGGCUGAAGGUGAUGUAUUGCUACUGAAGAAAAAUAGUGUUGCUUUGAGUCAGAAUUUGACAAAUAUAGCACCCUUGCUUGACGAUCUAGAAACACGAUCCUUACUAAAUAAAAUGGAAAGUGAAAUGAUCAAACAAAAGCCUCAGACGCAUGAACAAGCCAGAGAACUACUUGAUACAGUAAUUCGCAAGGGAAAUGCAGUAGCUGAAGCAUUUAGAGAUGUCCUGUUGGUACAUGAACCAGAAUUGCAUGAAAAAUUAUAUGUUCAAAAAAGUUUGCCUUAUUCAGCAUCAUCAGAUAUGAUGGGCUUGACCAUGGAAGAGCAAUUACGAAGGUUACAGGAAGAAAGAACCUGUAAAGUGUGUAUGGACAAGGAGGUCUCGGUUGUGUUUAUAAUGUGUGGUCAUUUGGUUGUUUGUACAGACUGUGCACCUUCCCUUAGGAAGUGCCCAAUCUGCCGUGGUACGAUCAAAGGAACAGUUAGAACAUUCUUGUCCUAGUCCUCCUAACUAACUUAAUGAUGCAAAAUACAUUCAGCCUAGAAUGAAUACCCUAUUCAUUGAGAACAUCAGAAUUCUGAUCAGCUUGUUCAUAGAAAUGGUGUGACCCAAAUUACAUUCUAUAAGGCAAAGUAAACAACUUUUUUAUGUAAAGAGCUUAAAAAGUAAAACGUCAAUUAGAAUUUCUGAUAAAGUAAUUGGGUUAAUUAUAAUGCAUACUUCAGUUUUCUUUUUUAUUGAACACAUAUGUUAAUGAACUAUAGAAAAUCAUAGGAAAAGUCUUGAUUUGGAGUGCAAAAUAAUGCCAUUGUACCUGACUGAAUCUAAUAGUUCCACAUAAUUCAUGCAUGAUUAUAUUGCAGGCAUCAGAUAAAAAUCUGCCUGGAUGCAAUCUUGGACAAGGAGUUGAAAGGAAACUAAUUUUUUCUUGUAUUUGCUAUUGACUAGAAAAAUACAUUUCAGCAAUGGUAUAAUGGUCUGAAGGAAUUUUUGAUCCUCUUAUCUACAAAUGAUACAUGCAGAUUUAAUAUUGUCCAAAUGAUACAUGCAGAUUUACUAUUGUACAAAUUAUAAACUAUCAGCUAUUUGAUGGAAAGAAACCUUUUUUUAAAUUAAUUUAAAAUGAUGAUGACACUGCUUUUACCAUGUUGGUGUCAAGUAUUAGAAUAUUAUAAAUCUUCUAACAGCCAGCAAAGCACAAUAAUUACUUGGUUUUGUUAUAAAACCCAUGUUUUAUAUUGAAAAUGACUGCUUACUGAGUAGGUGAAACUAUCGGAUAAGAUAAACAAAAGCAUUUAAACAGCAACUUCUAAGAACAUUUGCGUAAUAGUACCCUACAAACUCCAAAGCCAUUAAAUCAGAGUUGGGCUACCUAAAAUUAGCCCACCAGCGACAACUUGGAUGAAUGUAAAUGACCCAUCUCCUGAACCAUUCACAAAACAACUAGACAUCACCUAUGUAUUGAGUUGGAUAUGGAACAAGGCAUUAGACUUAAUCACUUUGUACCCUGGCUGAGAAGGGAACUUGUCCAGCCCGAAUCUAAUCAUUUCUAAACCAUGGACCUGGAAUCAGAUUGCUAUGACCAUGUUUGGAUAACUGGUCAGUUUGUCAGAGGAGAUCACGUGAUGGGGCAGACUAACCCUCUUUGUGUUUAAGAAACUGGUUUUCUCCAGGUAAGUCUGAAGAGAGGCAUUCGUUGUGUGAGACCAGAAAGACCCUGAGUAUACAUUCUCUCUCAAUCCAGCCAUCCUGCAAGCCUAUGCCCUGCUUGUUGUUUGACCAGCUACACACUAGACAUGUCUUAAAAAAUCAACCCAGCAGUUUCUGACAUUGGAAGUAAAGAUAAAGUCGUCCAUCAACAUCUUUAAAUUGUCUCACAACAAAAUCUGGAAAGACCAUCGAGCCCAAUCUGAAACCAAGCAAGGCAUCCAUCUACAGGAUCUAUAUACCAACUGACUUUUUUUUGGAUUCUUAAACAAUUUAACCCUACCCCUUCACUUUGUGACUUACGUGUGUGUGAACUCUAGAAUGCAUGUGUGAGAGAGAGUUGGAACAGUUUUAUUUUUUGAAUUUGGGAGUCAAGUAUAAUAAAUCCUUUUUAAAAAAACUUACAAGAAAACCUAUAUGUGUGCGUUGUUUACAGUCAUAGCACUUAAACAGUUAAGCACUUAAUGAAUUGGCUACCAGUUGUAGUCAGUAAGGAGUGGAGAAAGAGGGGAGCCAUUCUACCACAUCUCACUUGACUAACAGUUUCAAGAUGUGACAGUUUAGACUUUGAAGUGUACUUUUGAAAAGUUGUGUGUAAUUAGUAUAUCCUUCAUUCAUUCUCUCCGUCUGUGUGUCCCCUCUUUCUGGGGAGAAUAUAUUUCAAAACAUUUUACGUAAUUUCUCGGCUUGGUGACUGGACUCAUAAACCGGUCGCUCUGUAAGUUACAUAAAACCAAUUAUAAAUGUGGAUAAAAGAAUUCAUAAUAAGGAAGUUGGUGCAAAUUAUGAGAAACUAUUUUUGUAGAUGUAAGAUUUUGAAUAAUAAAAUAUUGCAACAAA